AUAUGAAUACUCAAUUUGUUGUAGGAGAAUCAUCUUCUUCUUCCAACUUAUCUUAUGAUGUGUUUCUCAGUUUCAGAGGUGAAGAUACUCGCAAAAACUUCAUAGGUCAUCUUUAUUUCCGGUUGUGUCAAGUCGGGGUUAAUACUUUCAUAGAUGAUGAGGAAUUGAGAAAGGGAGACGUCAUUUCAAACAAACUUGACAAAGCAAUUGAACAAUCUAGAAUUGCCAUUGUUGUUUUCUCGAAAAAUUAUGCUUCGUCUAGUUGGUGUCUUGAUGAACUUGUCAAAAUUCUCGAUUGCAAAGAGAGGUUAAAUCAGGUAGUUUUGCCUAUUUUCUAUGAUGUUGAUCCUUCUCAAGUGCGAAGGCAAACUGGAUCCUUUGACGAAGCUUUGGAAAAACACAAGGAACGAUUGGUUGGAGCUGAAAGAAUGGAAAAGUGGAAAGCUGCACUUACUGAAGCAGCAGAUUUAUCUGGAUGGGAUUUGAGAAAUAUUGCUGAUGGGCAUGAAUCAAAGUUUAUUGAAAGUAUUAUAAAACAAGUUCGGCAAGAGGUUAACCAGACACCUCUAGAUGUUGCUCAUUACCCAAUUGGAUUAGAUUCUCCUAUCAAACAUAUAGAGUUGUUACUGCAAAGUGGAUGUGAGCAUGAAGUUCGCAUGGUUGGUAUAUGUGGCGUUGGUGGAAUUGGAAAAACAACUUUGGCAAAAGCUAUCUACAAUCAAGUAUUUCGACAAUUUGUUGGUAGUUGCUUCCUUUCAGACGUUAGAUCAGAAGCUAAAGCAUUUGGUUUAGUCAAGUUACAAGAAAAACUACUAAAUCAAAUUCUCAAAACUAAGGAAUUUGAAGUUGGUAGUGUUGCUGAAGGUGUUAAUCUCAUCAAAGUAAGACUUGGGUCUCAGAAGGUUCUAAUUGUUCUUGAUGACGUGGAUGAUAGAAGCCAAUUAGAAUCCUUAACAAGAGAAAGAAGUUGGUUUGGCUCUGGUAGUGUAAUAAUUAUUACAACCCGAGAUGAACAUUUGCUUUAUGGGCUUACAACAAGUGAGAUAUACCGGGCCAAACUUUUAAAUGAUAAUGAAGCCCAACAACUUUUUUCUUGUCAUGCUUUUAACUAUUUUUCUCCACCACAAGAAUAUGUUGAACUGGCACAAGACAUAAUAAAAUAUUCAGGUGGGCUACCAUUAGCUCUUGUGACAUUAGGGUCACAUCUGCAAGGGAGAUCCGUUAAAGAAUGGAGAUAUGAGUUCAAAAAACUAAAAGCAAUUCCUCAUGGUGAUAUUCAAAAGAUUCUCAGGAUAAGCUUUGAUGGACUUGAUGUCAAUACUCAGAGUGUUUUCCUUGAUAUCGCAUGUGCCUUCCAUGGUUGGUAUGAGAAUGAAGUUACCAUAACAUUAAAUGCGUGUGGUUUUUAUUCUGAAAGUGCAAUUUCAACCUUAGUCCAAAGGAACUUGCUCCAAAGGGAUUGGCGUUAUUUGGUGAUGCAUGAUCUAGUGCGAGAUAUGGGAAGAGAAAUUGUUCGUAUGGAAUCACCUCGAGACCCUGGAAAACGGAGUAGAUUGUUCAACCCUCAAGAAGUUAUUGAUGUUCUACAAGGAAAUAAAGGUUCUAAAAAUGUAGAAAUACUAGUGAUAGAACGACAAGCAUUAAAGGGUGUGAAGCUAAGCACCAAAGCAUUUCAGAAAAUGAUAAAUCUUAGGGUGCUUAAAAUCGACAACUUACAUAUUAGUGGAGAUUUUGACCUAUUGUCCAAGGAGCUCAGAUGGUUGUCUUGGGAAGGAUGUCCUUUAAAAUGUAUACCAUCAAAUUUUCCAUCUGAGAAACUUGUAUUUCUGAAUAUGAAAGGGAGCAAUAUCCAAGAAUUUGGUUUGAAUUUGCAGUAUUGUAGAAAUUUGAAAAUGCUGGAUCUCUCUGAUUGCAAGCGCCUCAGAAAAACUCCAAACUUCAACGGUUCAAGAAGUCUCGAGACUUUGUAUCUUCAGAAUUGCUCAAGUCUGAAGGAGAUCCAUCCAUCAAUAGGAAAUUUGGAUAGACUAAUUAUUCUUUGUAUGUAUGGUUGCAAAAAGAUUACGGAUCUUCCGAGCAGCAUAUGCCAGCUAAAAUCCCUUCAAUUCUUAAACACUAAUGACUGCUCAUCUUUACAAACACUGCCAGUUGACAUUGGAGAUAUGCAAAACCUAAUAAUUCUUGAUGCAUGUGAUACGGGUAUAAAACAAUUGCCUGGAUCUGUUGGAAUGCUAGGAAAUCUUAUAAUUUUGGAAAUGGGAGGUCAAUACUUAGAGACCAAAAGGAGGUUUUCUCAAACAAGAGUACGCCCCAUAGUGUCCUUGUCAAAAUUUAUUUCGGCUUUACGCCUUCGAUAUUGUGGUUUCUUGGAGGUUGAUGUUCCUAGGGAUAUUGGGAGUUUAUCCAACUUAACUGUUUUAGAUUUGAGCGGCAACAGUUUCCUCUGUCUACCCUUUGAUUUUUCCAAGUUACCAUUGUUGAAUUUCUUGUGUUUGAAUGAUUGUGUGAAUCUUCAAACACUCCCGCCAAUAUCAAAUUUAGAGAAGCUUACAAUUGUUGAACUUAGGAAUUGCCAAAAACUGGUCAAGAUUACAGGGUUGGACAACCUCCCUUCAAUAGAGAAGAUGGACAUGAGAAAUUGUACUUCUCUGCAGAACCCAUUCAAUGAAGGCUUCUUUAGUGCCCCUGCUCUAUCAAUUCCGUCUAGAGAACAUCAACGGUAUGAGCCGUCAGUAAAAAUUAAUCUCGAUAGCAAUGAGAUUCCAGAUUGGUGCAGCAAUAAAGUAACAGCUCCAUCUAUCUGUUUGACUAUGCCCACACUACAUAAUAACAAGUUCUUAGGAAUGGUUCUCUGGUUUGUUUGCCACCAUUGCGAUGUAGAUGAGCUUGAACAGUUCGUUGUUACUGUUGCCCAUAUAAAGCGUUCAGGUUUACCAUGGAUUUGGCAUAUAUCUGGCAGUCACGAAGUAUUUGAUAUAUCUGGCAGUCACGAAGUAUCAUGUAUAUAUUACUUAUCUUCCGCAAAUGAUGAACCUUUUAAAGGCCUGAACAUCAAAGGCGGGGAACAGAUAACAGUAGAGGAUGGCAGUGACGGAGGCAUAGCAAAGAAGAUAGGGAUCCAUUUGUUAUACUUGGACCAACAUGGUAAUGUUACAUCUUUGCCGGGAGUUGUGGAUCAUUCUUAUACUCCCUCCUACCCACAAAGACUUUCAGCAGGGCAUAUCAACUCAAACAACGACAACACAUCAAAUGAAAUCCCCUUUCCCACAAGUGAGACAACGCCUCUAAAAAUGUCUUUUUGGAAAAUGUUUCUCCGGAGAAUAAGUAGGUUUCUUACUUAUUUUCUUGUGUUCGUUAUGUAA